AAGUGAACAACUUGUUUCAGUGUUUCACCGGUUCAAUAAAUGUUUGACAUUGUUGAUUAAAUUUUUCGGCAAUUAAUUUUAGUGGUGGAUAACAACAAUAAUUAUAUUUAUUAAAAAUGGAUGUAAUUUUAGCAAAUGUAAAUAAUAUAAAUUUUAAAAUAGAAAAGGAUCUUAUGAAUCAAUGUGGCGCCCUUCUUCUACCGUUUGGUGGCAUGGACAAAUCCAUGGCUGCCGUUUGUCAAUUUCUGGACAAAACUGGUUUAGAAUGUGAUAAAGGCUCUGCAUGUCCAUUUCGUCAUAUACGUGGCGACAGAACAAUAGUAUGUAAGCACUGGCUCAGAGGACUUUGCAAAAAAGGCGAUCAGUGUGAAUUUUUACAUGAAUACGAUAUGAAGAAAAUGCCAGAGUGCUACUUUUAUUCUCGAUUCAAUGCUUGUCAUAACAAGGAAUGUCCAUUUCUGCAUAUUGAUCCUGAAAGCAAAGUAAAAGAUUGUCCAUGGUACGAUCGUGGUUUUUGCAGGCAUGGUCCAAAUUGUCGUCAUCGACAUGUAAGAAGAGUGCUUUGUAUUAAUUACUUAGCUGGGUUUUGUUUUAAUGGAUGGAAUUGUAAAUAUGUGCAUCCUACAUUUGAAAUACCUCCACUUGCUGAUAUUGCAAAGGAACAAAUGCAAAAAAAGACUCCGAUUUGUCAUCUAUGUGGUGAGUUGGGUCACAAAGCUUCCAUGUGCCGAAAAGUACAAGAUGAGGAUAGACAAUUUAAACACAACACAAGUGCAAAACAAUAUGUAGGAAAUCUUCAAAAUUUAACUAACAGAGAUUUUAAUAACGAUAAAGAUGAAGGAGAAGAAAACGUUAAUACUGGGCAUUCUAUUAUGACAUUGAAAAUAUCUAAACCUAUUGAAGAGGUUACUUGCUAUAAAUGUGGCAAUAAGGGUCAUUAUGCCAAUAAAUGUCCAAAAGGACAUUUAGCGUUUUUAUCAAAUCAGCGAAAUCAAAAAUAGCAUACAUUAGAAUUUUUAUAACAUCAUGCAAUUUAUUAAUACUGAAAAAACUUUGCUUUUACAUUCCGUAUCUCAAUAAGUAUCGAAUAUGCAUGCUUCGAGCAAGAAGCAUUUCUUCAACCUGGUGUACGCUGAUAGGAAACACAAUAUUUGUGCAUAAUCUGAAAGGAUUUUUGUAUAUACAUAACAAAACUCGGGUAAAAGUAAAAUUAUAUUUUUAUCUAUUUUU